GCGGAACUUCCCAGAAGCUGGUCGGGACGUGGGGUCUGGCCGCCCCGCCGCCCCCGCUCGCAGGCGCCUCUGGAGGGAGGCAGGGGAAAGCUGCACGGAUUUAAGCCAGGUCCUCACGAUCCCGGGAGGGGGCUUCCUUCGGCGUCAUCAGGCAGGGAAUCCUUUCCCGUAGUUGGAGAAGAGUCUGCAGGAAUCAUGUCCAGAGUGGUUAGUGCAGCUGAUUACAGUAAUUUAUAUCCUCAAUCCCAUGGAAUUGUGUUUAAUUCAAGAGGCCUGUCGACACCUUCAACCAGAUCAUCAACACGUAGCAACAGCAGCAGUGGCAGCAGCAGCACACAAACAUCUAUCAAAUCAAUUUCAACUGCAUCUGUCAGUUCUCUCCCUGACCCCACGUUGUCUUCGGUGGAUAUUGAGCAGAUUUUGCUUCAGAAGGCUCUAGCAAAAGAAGAUGAACUCAAAAAUGCAUUUCAGACAGUUGAUGUUGAUCAAACCCUGAAAGUGACUAAGGGUGAAUUUAGAAGAGUGAUUGAAACAUUCAUUUUACCCCUGACGCAAGAACAGUUUGAUGCUUUGCUGGACAAGAUUCCGGGCUGUACCAAAGUUGCUGUACCUUAUCUUGAGUUCUUGUCGAAGUUUGCCAGACCGAUUAACCACCUCCAAAGGACGUGGAGUAGUGCUGAAGAUUCGCGGUCGAGGACGUUGAGUCAGCUAGAAUGCCUCUUACGGGAGAAGAUUUCCAAAAAGCUGAAACGCUUUAUCAAGACAUGUAGACUUUUUGACUACAAUCAAAAUGGGCAGAUACAGCGUCACGAGCUGAGAAGAAUUAUCGAGGUCAACUGCUUCAAGAUGACGGAUUGUGAGUAUGAUAAGCUGUGGAAUCGCUACUGUGUGUCUCGAACAAAUACACUGAGUUACAAAGAGUUUUUGCAGUUUCUUGGCAUAAACUUGGACAAAAAAAAGAAAAAAGCUACAGAAAGGGAAGAUUCAGUGCAGAACCAGAAUGAGCCGCCUGAAAAAAAAGAAAGCACAUCAAAACUACCCUUGGCAAAUACAGCUGGAUAUAAUUUGACAAAAAUCCAUCUAGAUGACACUGCGAAGAGGUUUAGGGAAAAGCUGCGUGUAGUCUAUGAGGACAUUGUAAAAGCCUUCAGAGCAUUUGAUGUUGGACGGAGUGGAUUUGUUACUCUGGAAUAUUUAAAAUCAGUCCUUAGUACCUUUAUAUUUCCAAUACAAAGUGAUGUUUUUCAAGAGCUAAUGAACAGGUUUGGAAUAAAAAUUUCCAGAAAUAUGGCAUGGGAGAAAUUUCUAGACAGGUUUCAAGACCCCAUGACAUUUGAUACAAGCCUGGCAGCUCCUACGAGGAAACACCACAGAAUAAGAAAAUUGGACCAAGAUGUAUCGAGUGACCGUAUUCUCUUGAAGCUGCAUGGACAUAUUCAAGAUGCUUAUUUAUCUCUGAAGAAGGCCUUCCUUAUGCUGGACAGAAAUCAGGAUGGAAAAAUUACAAGAAAUGAGCUCCGUCGCAUUUUGGAUUGCAUCAUGUUCCGAAUAAGUGAUGAUGACUUUCAAGAACUAACCAAGAUCAUUGACCCAGAACACACUGGGCAGCUCAGCUACAAUAAAUUUUUAAAUCUGUUUGAAGAAAAGGAAUCACUAACAGAUUCAAAAAUGAUUAAUGGGUCAAAGAAGGCGAAAAAGCCAACUUCUGUCCUUGAAGCGUGGCACAUUGCAGAAGAUGUCCUAACUGAGCAGAUCAAAGGGUACUGGAAUGAAUUCAGCAAAGCUUUGCAGGCAUUCGAUCCUCGAAAUAACGGCAUUAUCAGCAGAAAUAAUUUCCGAAAAGUCCUUCUCCUCUACUGUCCCUCGUUAACUGACGACCAUUUUAUCGCAUUAUACCAGAAAUAUCAAGAUGACACUUCAGAAGGGGUCCUGUACAGGAUGCUCUUACAUAGUUUAGGAGUUGCCGAUUUGCCCAAAGAAUUAACUGUUCUCGCUAGCAUCCCUUCAUCCCGGGGAAGUCAAAGAGAAGAAAAAAAGCAGGCAGACUUUUCAGAAAGAAUGAAACAGAUUGAAGACUAUGCCUACAAAUUUGCUAAGAAUAGAUCUGUUGAUGAAGUAAUUGAAAGGCUGAGGGAAAGUAUCCUGCAACAGGAAGCUACUGUUAGAGAUGGCUUUCUUGCCUUCAGCAAACAAGCUAGUGGGAAAUUGAAUAAAACUGAUUUUCGCAAGCUGUUGGAUGAUAUUGGAAUGCCAAUGGAUGAUGAGCAGUUUAAUCUACUCAUUGAAAAAUUAGGAUUCCCUGCUGGAGGGCUGAGUUAUCUUGAUUUUGUCGCAAUAUUUGAAGAUUCCAGAAUGAGUGGACACUCUCCAAAUCGACGGGCCAAUGCCAGCAAGUGUCACUUUGUGACCGCUGAGGAAUGCCUCGGCCAGUAUUGUGAUAAGCUUGUGGAGGAAUAUGGGGAUCCAUACAUCGCCUUCCGUAAAAUAGAUAAGAACAAUGAUGGUAUAGUCAGCAUGCUUGAUUUUCGACACCUCCUGGAUAGCUUUAUGAUCAGCAUGACAGAUGAUGAAUACAAUCGUCUCCUUGGCAUCCUGGGACUGAACAUUACUUCUACAUUAAACUACCCAGAAUUUCUUCAGUUGUUCCAAGCAAAUACAACUAGAGACAUGCGCCCUUGGUUGCCGUCGUCUAACAAACCCAAACAGACAGUGGCGGAUGCAGACCUCGCUUGUGAACAAGCUCAUUACUAUCUCGCUAUCAAAGCACAAACCAGAUGGAACGACCUCGCCAUGCAUUUGCAUGAAUAUGAUAGCGAUGGCAAUGGCAUAGUUCUGAAAAGAGACCUGAAGGACAUCCUGUAUAGAUACAACAUCCCCACAAACCCAAAAGAACUUGACAAACUUUGGGCAAGGUAUGAUCCGAAUGCAAAGGGUUACCUUACACAUCAAGAAUUCUUGCAAAAAUUGGGCAUAGAGAAUGCAACUGUUGACACCGGCCUGAACAGGCAGUUUGUGGCAGACAACUAUGUACGCUUUAUGGAUCAUUACAAAAGGGAAGAAAAGAAGCACAUUGACAUCAAUGAGAUUAUAAAUAAGAUCAGGGACAAGUACCACGAAUGCUCUCAUGAUUUCCACAAGGCCUUCUUGGAGCAGGAUAAAAACAGAGAAGGCUGCAUAUCGGUGGGAAACCUCCGCAAGUUGCUGGAAGACUUUAACUGCUGCCUCGGCUAUGAACAGUACAGUGAACUUCUAUACAGUUUAGGGAUUAGCAUACAGGACAACAAGCUCUCGUAUUUUGAUUUUAUAAGAGUAAUUGAUGACCGCGCAGCUUUCAAACGGCGGAAAAGGCCUACAGUUCCACCUGUGCCACCCAUCAGUUUUGUGCAGCUCAGCAUAGAUGAAGCCAUGGCAAAAAUAAAACAGAUAGUUACCUCCUCCUCCGAUUUGUUGUACAAGGCCUUUUCUGCUUUUGACAAGGACCGCACGGGAGCAAUUUCCGCCUUGGAUUUCCGGCAGGUGCUCCACCACUUCUGCUUCACGCUUUCCGAUAAGCAGUUCAACCACCUCAUCAAACUGCAGCGGCUUCGUGGAGAGCACUCCAUAGACUGGAAAUAUUUUCUGCAAAAAUUCAACAACUUCUCUGGGACUGAGAGACAGCAUAGGAAAUUUGCUUGCCGAGAUCUGUCCAAUCAAGAGGUCUUUGCCCGUAUUCAAGAAGUAAUAGGCACUCGCUAUCAAACCCUUGAAGGGGAGUUUAAAAACGCAGAUCGCACAAGAGAAGGCACUGUCUCCAAAGAGGACUUCAGAGAUAUCUGCAACCGGUGGUUUUUCCUUUUGACCGAUGAGCAGUUCGAAAACCUCUGGAACACAGUGCCGCUCGACUUGAAUGGAAGAUUGAAAUACCCUGGAUUCUUGAGAAAGUUCAUUCUGGAAGUGGAAAUGCCAGAUACACCCACCGCCAACCACCCGGAGAACCCCAGCAAGCCUGCCACAGCAGCUGAGCCCGGACCACAGCUACCGUCACGGCCUCAAACAGCAUAUUCUCCCUCAUCUCCAAAGAAAGCCCCAGCAGGCAGCAGGCCUUCUACUGCAGCAGUUCAUACCCCACCUAUUCUGAACUGCAAACCGAUUGAAGGUAAAAUCCGAAAAGGUGUUCAGCACUGCUGGAGACAAAUCCUGAAGGAAUGUAGAGAGAAGGAUGUGGACCACGUGGGAGAAGUUGCAGUAGAAGAUUUUUUAGCUAUACUGGAAAAAUUUAAUUUGAAUUUAACCAAAGAAGAAAGUAAACAACUCAUAACAAAAUAUGAUUUCAAUAGUGUUGGCAAAUUUGCCUACUGUGACUUCCUUCAAAGUUGUGUGCUGCUGUUUAAAUUCCAAGAUGUGACUCCUCUGCAAAGGAUUGUAAUCCAAAAUCCACGAGUUCAGAACCCCCGUGGGCCACAAACACCGACCUUUUUCAAUGCAAUGAUGAGGAUUCAGCCCCAGAUCCUUCACUGCUGGAGGCCAAUGAGGCGAACCUUCAAGUAUUAUGAUGAAAGUGGGACUGGACAGCUCAGCGUUCAGGAUUUCAGACAGGUACUCCGCAAGUAUGGCAUUGACUUGUCUGAAGAGGAGUUCUUUCACAUACUGGAAUAUUAUGACAAAGGAUUAACUUCCAAAAUCUCCUACAAUGAAUUCCUCAAAGCAUUCCUGCAUUGAAAAGAAAAGAAAAGAAAAAGGAAGCCUGCUCUCCAAUCUUGAAGAAUCAUUAGGCAGGAGAGAUGUGAUUACUGAAAUAUAUGUCCUCAUUUUAAUCUAAUAAAACUAUAUAAAUUCA